AUGCACUCAUUACCCAACCAGCGUACAGUGUAUCCAUACCUUUUGCAUGCCCCCCGCCCACAUCCGCCUCCCGCCAUUGCCAGCAAGUGCCUGGCGCGAGCCGAGGACCUGCCAUGGUGUCAAGACAACUGUAAGAAGGUUUUCCGUGAUCCUGCAAGCCCUGUGUUCCUUCCUGGUGAUCCUGCCUUCAGUUUGAUUGCACAGGUACCACAGCAAGCCAGUGCUGUGUGCUCCGAGUUCCAGGGCAUCCUCCAGCUCAGCCACUGCACUGAGCACAAGGACUCUCUGUGGGGCCCAGGAGCAGGAAGUCACCCCUUUGGGGCCCAUAACACCCAGCUGUCCCCGGACUCGUGACCAGGGAAGAUCAUGUCGAGGGCCCUGAAGGAGAGUGGGGCAGGGAUGCCUGAGCAGGACAAGGACCCCAGAGUCCAAGAGAAUCCUGAUGAUCAGAGAAGGGUCCCCGAGGUCACCGGGGAUGCACGGUCUGCAUUUAGGCCCCUGCGGGAUAAUGAAGGCCACUCUCCCUUUGUGCCCAGGCCCGGGCCUCUGCAGAGAGACCUCCAUGCCCAGAGGUCAGAAGUCAGAUCCAACCAGACAUCCCAGCCCUCCUGCACCAGCUCAUGCACCAAACGCAAUGCCAUCUCGAGCUCCUACAGCUCCACGGGAGGUUUCCCGUGGCUAAAGCAGAGGAUGGGGUCAGCCUCAUCCCACUGCCAGCUGACCGUCAGGUCCUCAAAGACAGCGAGUGAGGACAGGCCUCAGGCUGUCUCCUCGGGUCCUACCCAGUGUGAAAAGACGGCGGAUAUUGCACCAGGGCAGACACUCGCCCUCAGGAAUGACUCCUCCAGAUCCGAGACCUCUAGACCCCGUAGACGCAAGUUCACCCUACUGCCACGGAGGCGAGGGGAGCCCCUGAUGCUGCCGCCUCCCUUAGAGCUGGGGUUCCGGGUCACUGCUGAAGACCUGGCCCGGGAGAAGGAGGCGGUGUUCGAGUGCAUCAACAGUGUACUGCGGGGCGAGCCCAAGGCCAUCUGGGACUGCAGAGCCUCACGGCCUUCCCACGCUUCGUCCUCACUUGCAACAGGGGCUUCUGGUCUGCCUGCUGUCUCUGAAGCACCCAGUACGGAUGCACAGCAGGAGAGACAGAAGUCCCAAGACUGCCUGGCCAGUGGCCCCCUAGCUUCUGCUGCAGAGGUCCCCUCUACAGCUCCUGUAUCUGGGAAGAAUCGCAGACCACCAGGCUCCCUGUUCUCCUCCUCAGAUCCCCUUCCUGCCACCUCUUCCCACUCCCGGGACUCAGCCCAGGUCACCUCGCUGAUUCCUGCCCCCUUCCCAGCUGCAAGCAUGGAUGCGGGCAUGAGAAGAACAAGGCCUGGCACUUCUGCUCCUGCAGCUGAUGCAGCGGCCCCUCCCGCCUCCACAUUGAAGCCCACGUCGGGGUCACUACUGAUGGAGUGGAUGGAGGCCCUUCACAUUUCUGGGCCUCAGCCACAGCUGCAGCAGGUGCGCAGAGGUCAGGGCAGAUCUAACCAGAGAUCCCCGACCUCCUGGACGAGCUCGUGCCCCAAACGAAACGCCAUCUCGAGCUCCUACAGCUCCACGGGAGGCCAACCCGACGCUCGGCCUGCCCUGCUGGAGUCUGGACAUGAGUGGCGAUCUCUGUGAUCCCUGCACCCCUCGCCUCUCCCCCUGCCCUCUCUGCUAUAACUUUGAGCCUUUUGCUUUUUUGAAAAAAUAUAACAGCUUUAUUGAGAUAUAA